AUGGAGGUCAGGCGGCGAACAGCUGCAUCAUCAGUAAAUGGCACGAACGCUCAACCUUAUUAUGAGCGCAUCGACGACAAGGCUCGCCGCACCAUCGAAGCGAUUGGUUUCAAGCACUGGCUUCUGGUGAUCGCUGUCGUUGGCGUCAUCUAUGCGGGAGUUGUUUAUCUACACAGGUACAUGCCACCUGUGAUCGGAGCCGACCAUCUGAGCAAAUUUAGCGAAGAACGCGCUCGUGUACUACUCAAAGAACUAACUGCUCUUGGUCCUAGACCAAGUGGUUCGGUUGCGCUGGAGCAUAAAGCCUUCGACGUUAUGCAGCGGCAUAUCAGCAAUAUUAAACAAACAAUUACUUCUAAAGGAGUUAACCGUUUCGAGAUGGACGUUCAGAGGCCGUCUGGAUGUUUCGAUCUAAAAUUUCUGUCAAGUUUUACGCUUUGCUACGACAAAAUCACCAACAUCAUUGUACGUGUGGGACCUGCGAGUGGCCCAUCGCAGCAGUCUUUACUCCUAAAUUGUCACUACGAUUCCAUGCCAGACACUCCUGGAGCUACUGAUGAUGCGGUGUCGUGUGCUAUUAUGAUGGAUGUCUUAAAUGUCUUGUCGCAUUCCGAAGAACCGCUCCAAAAUGAUGUAGUUUUUCUGUUCAAUGGAGCCGAAGAGAAUUUUCUACAAGGCGCUCACGGGUUUAUUGAGAAUCAUCCUUGGCGGCAUACUAUCCAUGCUUUCAUCAAUCUCGAAGGCACAGGUGCGGGAGGACGUGAAAUUUUAUUCCAAGCUGGGCCUGGAAAUUCCUGGCUCCUGCAAACUUACCUCGAAGCAGCACCUCAUCCUUUUUGCAGUGUUCUUGCACAGGAAAUUUUCCAGUCUGGUAUUAUUCCCUCUGACACAGAUUUCCGUAUUUUCCGUGAUCAUGGGCGAAUUUCUGGACUUGAUAUUGCGUACACAAAGAAUGGCUGGGUGUAUCACACCGAGUUUGAUGAAGAGUGGCGGAUCGAAGCUGGUGCAAUUCAGAGAGCUGGCGAGAAUGUACUAGCAGUUGUUCGAGCCAUCCUGAAAAGUCCGUAUUUGGUACAGGCAGCAUCGUUCGACGAAGCAAAUAAAUGGGUGUUUUACGACGUUGUUGGUCUUUUUACUAUAUUUUAUACAGUCACUAUUGGACAAAUUCUCAACUAUGGCGCAUGUGCAUUUGUAGCAGGUCUGGUAGCUUUUCGUAUUCUACGUGGUGCUUAUACUCUAAGUGAUCUCGGAGAAGCUUUCUGGCAUCAUAUUUGUGCAUUCUUCACUAUGAUUCUUACUAUGGUGGUAGUAGUAGUACUAGUGCUCAAGUUUGAUCUCCUAAUGUGUUGGUACAAAUUACCGGAAAUUGUUGGGCCGCUCUAUGUUUUACCAAUGCUGAUCGCUGGAUGCACAGUGCAUACGUAUUUUGCGGAUAAGACAAAGGUGCGCCAUAUUGAAAUGGUACAAUAUGACAGUAUUGUCAUCACAUAUGCCGCCGUACUAUUCGUGAUGACGUCGUAUCACUUUGCUUCUGCCUUCUUCGUCUUUAAUUACGUUAUAUUUCCGCUCCUGAAAGACCCGCUCAUUUUUGUGUUGGGUGCCGUAGGGUUGGUGAACAGAGUAACUCCGCGUGUCCUUCUUUACACCCAACUUGUAUGCUUUGCGCCUGUAUUCGUGUUUGCCGUUUAUGCCAUCAGCCAAUGCGUGGACUUCUUCGUGCCAGUCAUGGGAAGACUCGGCAAUGCUGUGAAUCCGGAAUUCGUCAUGGCACCUAUUGGAUUAGCCAUUGCUUCGAGUUUCGUGUUGUUUGUGAACAACUUGUUUUACAUUUCGCGACGUAUGAACUACCUCAUAAAGUGUGGAUGUGCAAUUUUCAUAUUCUUCUUUAUUGCACUUGUAACUACUCGUCUAGGAGUACCUUAUGAGUAUAGUAAUGACCAUCCUCGUCUGAGACGAAUUGUGGCCUUGCACACGAAUCGGACUAUUUAUGAUUUCGAAGGAAAUGUAGUGCAGAAGGAUAACGGGCUUUUCGUGCAGUCACUUGACUUCAGAGGUGCUGAGGAUCUACCGGCGCAUUCCUUCCUUCAAGGAAGCUCCGCACCCAACUGUACGGGAAUCAAAGACGAGUAUUGUCGCUUACCGUACUAUACCGCUAUCCAUGAACUAUUUCCACCUGAGCAUUCCCUAUGGGUACCAGUUCCAUCACCCGCACCUGUACCAUACCCGAUCAAGCUCACGAUGAUCGAUCGUGUCAAAGUGGGCGCGAACAGGCUGAAUAUCACGUUUGAGCUUCGCGGCGGUUUUGACAAAAUGUCCCUCCACGUGACUCCUCUCUCCGGCUAUGAGUUGGUGACCUGGUCCUUUACGAAUAUAGAUAUAGAAGAGUUUGGACGAAGAACAACAUAUUUUGUUUUCCUCACCUACGGAUUCGAAAUGCCAGCGUACCGGCGAUUUUGGAUUCUGCUCGAGAAUCCUGCUGCAACCCCAUCUGAUCCAGAUAACACGCAUAACUUGGAGAUCGCCGUUGCUGCUCAUCAUGCACACGGAGAACAUCAAGAUUCUGAGACUGUACGACAGCUUCGCCAUCUUAUCCAAGCAAGGCGACAAACACCUGAAAUGGCGGUUGGCUGGUGGAAGUGGAGUAUGACGAUGAUUGGUGGCGUUGCUGAGCUGGUUGUGCAUGUCUUCUAA